AUGGUCUUCAAUACCAUCUCGGUCGGCACUGCAGUCGCACCUACAGUAAUCGAGACUUGUUUUUCUCAUUACCUCAAUCGCAAGCCUCUCCGUCAGAUGCCCACUGCCCACAUCUCGUACCACGAAGGCGUGAAUCUCAUCCGCCAAUUCCUUGCCUAUGCUUCCCAUCACACAGUCGAAGAUGUACAGGGUUUUACGUCUCAAUGGGUUCCCAGUCCACGCUGGGUCAAAGUCGACGAAAUCACAAUACCCCAGAAAUGCCUAUCUGGAGCUGCGGACGCGGUUAUAGCACAACUGGGUCACCAUGGUGUUGACAAGGUAGGAGGCGAGGAAUGGUGGCAAUGGCGAAGAGACGGCAGCGUCUUGAAGGCCGAAUGGAUUGAGAUGAGGAGAGAUUUCGAUAAGAGGAAGGACGAGAAGGGCAAACGAGUCAUGCUCUAUGUACACGGGGGUGCUUACUUCUUUGGGAGCGUGGAUGAACAUCGGUAUCAGCUUCAGCGUCAUGCUCGAAAGUUGGAAGCUAGGGUCUUUGCGCGUGAGUCUUAUCAUUGGAACGGAAGUCACCGGCAGUAUUGA